GCACAGGGAAAGAUUUUAUUGCAAAUUCCUGGUGGAGCUUUGCAGUGUUAUUGAGGAACAUAACAACGCAGAGAUUCAGAGAACCAAGAAGUAAAACACAAGCUUUUUCACUCCAUUGCUGUUGGGUAAAACGACAGGAGGGGAACGCAGAGUCGAUGUGACAUUAGCCUGAGACCAACCCUGUACAGAUACAGGUACAAAGACACCAGAUGGAGCCUCAGUCACGGACCCCUCCUUCUGUGGCGGCUCGUAACCCGGGAGCCUUUAGAGUGAUGGGUCCUCCAGGGACCUUGAGUGUCCCCGAGACCUUCAUGUCCAACCCCCCGCCUUACCCAGGACCCAAAGCGAAUGGCUCCGGAGCUCAGCCGACCUACACCUCACUACUACAGGCGGAGAGAGAAGUGGAGAUCCUGAACCACUGCUUCGACGACAUCGAGUCCUUUAUUGGGAAGCUGCAGAGGUCGGCUGAGGCCCACACUGUGCUGAGCCAGAGGAAGAAGAAGAAGAAGAGCCGGAGGAAGAAAGACAUGGAGGAGGAUGACCUGCUCACUCUGAGAGCCCGGCCUCCCCCAGAGGAAGAGUUCACCGACAUCUUCCAGAAAUUCAAAUACGCCUUCAGUCUACUGGACCGGCUGAAGUUCUCCAUCCUAAACCCAGACGCAGAGGAGCUGCUGCACCACCUCUUCAUCGCCCUGGAUCUGAGCGGCGGUGGUGAGACAGACUGGGUCAGUAUGGGAGCGGGGCCGGGGCCGUGUGUGUCAUGGCGGUGCCGUGCGGUGUGUUCCCAGCUGGUGAAGACCACCGGAGGGCCUGCCCUGGGGGCGGGGGUGUCCAGCCCGGCGCUGACGGGCGGGGCCGUGGCCCUCCUGCAGGACAACCUGACGGACGAGGAGAAGCAGCUGUGGACCUCGCUCGGGCCCAACUGGACCCUCUCCCGCUCCCAGCUCGGUGCCAUGGAUUCUCCAUACACACCCGUCUUCCUGGACGAAUGGAAGCCCCAGGCCUUCGACCCGGACGGACAGCUCUGGGAGGACCCAUUAGAGCUCCAGCACCAGCAGGAAGCCCAGAAGCAAAGGCAAACAGAAGCAGAGUCAGAUGCCCAGCACAAACACAGAGGCCAUUCCAGCGAUGAAAUGGAGAGCUCAAGUCUGCCCCCUGAAGGUGAAAGGGUGUACAGCUGCAGCUAUGACUUUGUGGCUCGAAACAGCAGCGAACUCUCCGUGCUCCAGGGAGAAACUGUGGAGGUGAUCGAGUCAUCAAAGCGCUGGUGGAAAUGUCGUAAUCGUUACGAUCAGAUCGGCUUUGUGCCCUUCAACAUCCUGGAGCCGCUCUCUGCCGUGAAGAACGGCGCGCACAAAGCCAGCGCUCUCACACACGUGCCAUCCAAGAAGUCCGCUCUGUCUCCCCUGAUAAACACAAGCUUUGCCUACAACCUUCCCAGUCCCUCCUACAUCAGCUCCAGUCCCACAGCUAUGAACUCCCAAAGUUUCCCAGGGACACCCACUGGGGAGGACGGUGACAGAGUGAUGGUGGUGAACGACGAGCUCUUACAGAGACUCACCAACGGGAAGGCUGGCUCUCCACGCCCCAUGGUCAUCCCCCGGACCAGUGACACCUCCGCUCCCCUGGACUACCACUCCCCGUCGCCCGAGGUGGCUGAGUGGUUGAGCGGGAAGGGCUUCAGCAAGACGACGGUGGACUGUUUGGGAGUGCUGACCGGAGCGCAGCUGUUCUCCCUCAAUAAAGAGGAGUUGCGCGCGGUCGUACCAGAGGAGGGCGCCAGAGUAUACAGCCAGAUUAUGGUCCAGAAGGCCCUAAUAGAGGAUAAGCGCAAAUCUACAGAGCUGGAAGAGGUUAUGGAGAAGCAGAAGAUGAAGGUCGACCUGAAAAUGGAGAGCAGCACACUGUGACCAUCCCAUCGGCACCCUCACCAGCCGCCUGAGAGGACGACCACUACUGCUCUGACACAGACUGGGCACUGACUCUGGCAGAAAACUGACACUCUACACUGACACAGACAGGACACUGACACCCUACACUGACUCUGGCAGAAAACUGACAUUCUACACUGACACAGACAGGACACUGACACCCUACACUGACACAGACAGGACACUGACACCCUACACUGACACAAACAGGACACUGCCACACUACUCUGACACAGACAGGACACUGACACCCUACACUGACACAAACAGGACACUGCCACACUACACUGACACAGACAGGACACUGACACCCUACACUGACAAAGACAGGACACUGACACCCUACACUGACUCUGGCAGAAAACUGACAUUCUACACUGACACAGACAGGACACUGACACCCUACACUGACACAGACAGGACACUGACACCCUACACUGACACAAACAGGACACUGCCACACUACACUGACACAGACAGGACACUGACACCCUACACUGACACAAACAGGACACUGACACCCUACACUGACACAAACAGGACACUGACACACUACACUGACACAGACAGAACAUUGACACACUACACUGACACAGACAAGACACCGAGACACUACACUGACACAGACAGGACACUGACACACUACACUGACACAGACAAGACACCGAGACACUACACUGACACAGACAGGACACUGACACAGGCAGAACACUGACACAGGCAGAACACACACACGAUCCAUUCCACCUGUCUAUACUUUAAUAACACAGCCUCAUUUAUGCUUUUCUUAUUCACAUAAGUAUUACAUUCGUAAGUUUUGCUUGCCUAUGAACAAAUGCAGUGAGGUUAAAACAAUAAAACCCUCAAUGGCUACCAUAGUGAUCGACCUGGCUCGUCCCAGGCCAGAGGCCAGAUCAGGAUGUUUAUUCUGAACUGCAACUAUAGCCAAAUAUUUAAACAUACUAAAGGUGUGAUUUUUCAAUAUAAAUGAAUUUUCAUUUUGAGACCUUUUAUCUUAUCGUUUGCACUUUUUAGGCAAUGGUGAACAAAUGUAUAGUUACCUUAAAAAUAUCUCUGCAUUAGCUAUUUUCACAACUAUUGUUUUCCUGUUAUUGACGCCUGGAAGGCAGGUCGGCCCGCAGGUUCAGCUCAGCCAACCACAGACCAUGUACAUACUACUACGCAGGCAGUUUUUAUUUAAAGUAUUUUUAACAAACCUAUCCGUACCUACGUUACUGAGCUAGCUAGUUUGCUAAUCUGUCACUAUUAGUUAUCUAUUUCUAAAAGAAUAUACACAUUUUACAAUAAUUAAAUUAAUAAAUAAAAAUAAACAAAACCUAUCUCUCUACAUGAUACCACAUGCUUUUUUCACAAUGCUAAAAAUAAACUUUUCUAAAUCACACUCAAACUCAAAAACACACACCCUCACACUCAAAGUCACACACUCAUCGGCAAAGAAAUUGCACUUCCUAUUCCCAACCUCAUCACCACAGCAGGCAGAUACAUUACAUUACAUUAAUAAUUACAUUACAUUAAUGGCAUUUGGCAGACGCUCUUAUCCAGAGUGACAUACAGUUUAUUAGACUGAACAGGAGACAAUCCUCCCCUAGAGACCAGGGUUAAGGGCCUUGCUCAAGGGCCCAACAGCUGGGCAAAUCUUAUUGUGGCGACACCGGGGAUCGAACCACCAACCUUGCAUGUCCCAGUCAUGUACCUUAACCACUACGCUACAGGCCACCCUGUAGAUACAAUAGCACAUAGACCCAAUCCACCCAAUCCACCACCACUGUGCACUUCUUCCCUCUGGUCAUACGUACAGUACCCUCAGCAGAAAAAAGGCCCAGUUCAGUAUACUUUUUUUCCCACUGCAAUAACCCUUCUCCAAACAUUGAUCUCCACCCGCCUUCUACACCCCAUGUGAAGGGCACCCUUCCUUAUGUAUGUUUCUUGUGCGUGACCUACUCUGUGGUUCCAUGUUUUUGCACAAUUAUCUUGUAUAUAUGCAAUAUAUGUUGUAACCUGUUGUAUCAUAUUAUAUGCUAUGUGUUGUAUUAUUGCAGUGCAGUGGCUGUGGAAAGCAAUCUAUCUAUCUAAAUAAAGAAAUUAAUACAUGGCUAAAAUCAA